AUGGAGCAGGAAAAUCCAAAGGAACAGUCUACUACAGCAGCACAAGCUUCAGCCACGCCAUCCUCUCAGAGCAAAAAGCCAAGUCAGCCUCUCUACGUCCCCAAACAACGACAGUCCUCCAAAGAAAAAGCCCAAUCCCAGGGAGAUGGUCCACCAAAGCCCCGACCAAGAUACACUGACAAAGCCCGUAAGAAUGCAAGGAACAAGAAGAGCCAGGCUGGGGCUUCAGAGAGUGUAUCUGGAGCUGACCAGGAUGCAGAAAAUGCACAUGAUGAAACCACAGAGAGGCUGCUGCAGGAAACCCAAAGCAAAGAUCAGCCUGAGGAGACAGAGGUGACGGCUGAUGGUACGUCUGGGCUAGAGGAAAUUGAAAACGGUGAAGAGGAAAGUUGGGACACAAUGUUCAAUGACGAUGGAGAGUGUCUGGACGCUCACGUGCUUGAAGAGCUUUCCAUAGAAGAUGGAAAAGGGAAAAAGUCGAUCCAAGACUCCAGAUUUGAUUACUACAAUAUGAACAGGGAAUACGAUGACGACAUCGACCUCACAGAUGAUGAGAUGUCCCACAUUAUUGAGAUUUACGACUUUCCCACUGAAUUUAAGACAGAAGACCUGCUCAAGUUAUUUCACACCAACCAACAAAGAGGCUUGGACAUUAAAUGGAUUGAUGAGAAACAUGCUCUUGGCCUCUUUUCAAGCUCAUUAGCAGCUCGGGAAGCCCUUCGAUCUAAUCAUCCAUUGAUGAAAGUGCGCCCGCUGUCCAAAUCCUCCUCCGCCACAAAGGCCAAAGCCCGCAGUUCCUCUGACUACCUUCUACCUGCAAAGGAGCGACCUCAGACCAGUGCAGCGCUGGCUCGUAAGCUUGUGAUUGGAGCUCUGGGUGUGAAGAGCAACUUGACAAAGGAGCAGCGAGAUGCAGAGAAGAAGAAACUCCAAGAUGCCAAAGAUCAAAAACGUCUUGCAGCCAGACAAAGAGAGGACGCCUGGGAGGGAAACUGA